AUGAAGUAAGAAUUUGACRACACUAAUUUUAUUUAUUUUGUUCUGUUUUUGAGCUUCUCCCUAACACUGACAAGAAAUGUGGAAGAAGUACACCUCGYUCAACAUGGAAAAUUAUAUCGAGAGCUUUUUUAUUCAUUUAAAACUGCAAAACUGAUGAGUUGUUAUUGACCAUGCUCGAGGGCCUAGCAGCAUGGAUCUUGAGAACGUAUGUUGGAGAAUACGUGGAGAAUUUGAACACUGAUCAGCUAUCUAUUGGCGUUGGUACUGUUGAUCUUCAUAACUUACCAUUGAAGAAGACAGCUCUCAGGGGACUUGAUCUUCCUCUUGCCGUCAAGUCAGGGUUUAUUGGUCAUCUACAGCUGUCAAUUCCAUUAACUCGUCCUAAAUCRGAACCUUGGAUUAUCCAUAUUAAUAAACUAUACCUUGUAGCUGGACCACAGGAACUUAGUGAGUACAAUGAAGAGGAGGAAAAUGCUAAUGUAUGGAACAGGAAGAAACGACARUUGGAUUUGUUUGAAGCACAAUGGAAGGAAUCCCAGCAGACAGAUCAGCCUGCAGGAGGUUUUUGGUCAUAUUCRUGGUGGCCGUCACUGUAUUCAUCAUUCUCGACAACAAUUGUUGAAAACCUACAGCUGUGCAUCACUGAUGUUCAUAUAAGAUAUGAAAAUGAAUCUCUAGACAAACAGACUCCAUUUGCCAUUGGUAUUACAAUAGAUAAACUAUCUGCACAGUCCACCAAUGAAAACUGGGAUGUUGAGGAAGUUAUCCAGAAUGAAAGAAACACUAAGUAUAAACUGAUGGAUCUACAAAAUCUUGCUGUCUAUUGGGAUAAUGAUGUCACCCUAGUUGGAGACCUGCCUUCCAGUGAGCUAGAUAACGCAUUACAGAGAAUGAUAAACCGAUCUGAGGGAACCAUUGGAUUUAGUAAACACCAAUACAUAUUAGAAGCCAUCAGUGCUCAGGCAAAGGUCCAGAGAAAUGCAAGUGCAUUACCACUCAAAGACAGGAAGCCACGGUUUGUUGUUGAUGUCCACAUUGAGAGCAUCCCUUUCUCCUUGGUUGAGUUUCAAUACAGAACUUUCACCAAGUUAAUUGGAGAGUUUCACAGGGCAUUCAGGCAGGCUCAUUACAGAAAAUGGAGGCCGCGUGUACCUAUUAAGAAGAAUGUUAAGUUAUGGUGGCAGUUUGCAUAUAAUUGUAUUCUUAACGUCAUUCAAAAACGAAACAAAACUCACUCCUUAAAGUUUCUCCUGGAACGUGCUCGCAACAUUAAAGUGUAUGUGAAGUCUUACACMGAACACCUGACAAACAAAGUAAUUAAAGAAGAAUCAAAGGCAACCAUGGAGAAAAUGGAACAUGACUUGACAUUUGAAGAACUAGUUAUACUCAGAAGAGUCGCCAUGAGCAGAGCAGAGAAAGAAAUUGAAAAACUCAAGUCUUCUGAUAAUGGGAACAAAGACACAGCAGACCCUUCAGUACCACAGCCAUCUUCUCAAGGAUGGUUGUCAGGCUGGUACUCAUGGUAUUGGCAGGCUCCUAAUACUACUGGGGACAAUAAAGAUGGUAGUAAUAGCGUCCCUACUUUUACUGCCCCAACAUCACAAGAAGAGGAAGAGUUCUUGGAUGAGUUAAGUGGACCAGGGUUCAAUAACCAGUCUAUCUUCAACCGUGACAGAGUCUUUGCGCAUCUUAACUUCCAUCUUGGAACUGGAUGCUUUAAACUUUUGACAUCCAAGGAAACUGAGGGAAAUACGGUUACCCAUUCAACGAUUGCUGAGGUAGAGUUUUCUAAUGCAUCUUGGGAAUCUGAAGUACGACCACAGUCUAGUACUUGGGAGUUUAGCAUGAGUCUUGGAGCAAUUCAUGUCAGGGACAAGGUUACGAAGGGGUCCUUGUUUCCAGCUCUUGUGGCACCUCAAGUUAAGAAAAUAGCAAAAGCACCAGUAUCAAGUUCCAAGUCAUCAGUGUCAGCUCUGGCCAUGUCUACCACAUCAUUUGGACUCAACAUCAUCCAAGAACUAAGUGAACCACCCGUGUUUGAGAUGAGAUUCGUACAAUUAGCUCCUAACAGUAAAGUGCCUUACAAAUUCUCACUAAGGACAGAGCCAUUGGAUAUCACAUACAACCCUCUUGUYAUUGACCAUGUAGCAGAUUUCUUUUCUAAGGACACUCUCAAYGCCAAUUACAUGACCGUUGAGAGACAGCUCAAAGAGGCUGCUUGGUUGAGAUACGAAGAAUUAAAGAACCAGACAAAAGCUGAAUUGAAGCAAACGUUGGGUGCAAUGAUGAAAGGAGUUGAAAUGAAACACUUCAAGAGGUGGGAUAUUCAGUUGGAGAUUUCAGCACCAAGGAUUUUCAUCCCAGAAAACUUUAAAGACAGAAAGGCUUCUGUUGUUCUUGUCGACUUUGGUCAUUUGAGCUUUAAGAAUUCUGAAGCUAUGGAACGGGAACACAGGAUAUCAGAUAGUACAGACACUGAUGUGGAAGAUGAUUCCUUUGUCACACCACUCAGUACACCACCUACUGAGGAUGAGGAUGAAAGUCAAGGGUACUCGCCAAAUUCUGCCAUGAAACUUGCUGAAGAUUUGACUCCWGAUGGUAUYAAAAAUGCAAUUUACGACAGGUACAUGUUGAUACUGUCMGAUAUACAGAUGGUGGUCUGCCCAGCAAGAGAUGUCGGCAAAGAUGUUGGACAGACAGACUUACAUGUUGUGGACAAAUUUACGAUCUCCUUGUCUCUCGACAGGAGAUUGAUGUACACCGCUGAUCCUUUGUACCCAGCUCUUGGUUUCUCUGGGAACCUACCUAGUUUAGUAUUUCAUAUCAAUGAACAUAAGUGCCAUGCGUUAACCAAGUGUAUUAACCAACUAACUGGGCAAAACAAGAAGAAACCAGUAAACAGCAACAGUACUGAGUUUGCAACAUCCACACCGGUCCAUCCUUCUGCAGCGUCUACAAGUAUAGAGGAUCUCAGCCAAACAGGAGAAGAGCUCUAUUACAGYAUGUACAGCAGUCAGCUUACAUUAGAUGAUUCACCGCUGCACAGCAGAAGGUCAAGUAAAGCGUAYAUAGAAUCAGCUGUUGCCAGUAAAACGAAAGAGUUAAUGGAGGAGUCUAAAAUGCUUUUAAUUGACUUCCAAAUUGGUCAAGUUUCUUGUGGGCUCCACAGCAGAGGACAUCUGAUUGCCGAGCUACAAGUUUAUGGCGUAUCUCUGGAGUAUCUUCAGAGACCAUAUGAUGCGACUACCUCUCUUAAAGUCCAUGGACUCCACCUAGUAGACGCUGUACAAACUUAUGGCCCUGAAUAUGAACUUCUACUUCUCCUAAACCGUUCUCCAGAUGAAAAGACAAUAACUAAAGCUGUAUCAACUGCUUUUUCCGCAAUGGCCGACCUCAUGAAGACAGGAAGAAAGACGUUUCUUGGGCUUGGAGARUCUAUGGAUUCUGUYGAGUCAAUGACCAGUGACAUGAGCGAAGAUCUKAUYGUYUUYGAGUAUAUUAACAUGAGCGAAGAACGACCAUCUGCCGAGAAAGCGAUGAGACUGGCRACAUUGCAAUUUAACACACUUAACUGUAUUGCCAAUCAGGACACACUGGCCAUUUUAAUGCAGUUCUUCAGUACAGCGUUCACUUCAAACAAAGACUAYAAYCAAMCUUCACAAACUACUGUACAGAAAGAAACGCCUCAGCUCAAAAGUGCACUUGAUCAGCAGGAAAAUGCCCAGGAGAAAACAUCACAAGCUCCUCUUGAAGUCAAUGCUUCAUUUCGCGCGAUGAAAAUCCUUCUAGUCAGAAGYGUCAAAGUGAAUAGCCUCAAAGCUGUAAGAAAAGUGGCCGAAGUCACCGUCAACGAAUUUCAGAUAAAUGCCUCAUUCGUUGAGGGACAGUCCAUCUCAGGGUCUCUGGGAGGUCUAAGAAUAAUGGACCUGACACCAGAAGGGUCCUUACAUCCAUGCGUCCUCACUUGUGGGACGAUUUUAGAUGAGGUCAUAACAUCUGACGACCCAUAUCGAUUGAGGACCCUUCCAGCUGAYGACGACGACGGCCCUGCUGAUUUACGUGCCUUUAGGUUUCAUCUUGUCCGUCCGACAGCAGGUCAGCGGUAUCCCAAGGUAAUUUUUCCUCCACUGAAAAACUCCGAAAGUGAAYAYAUGGAGAUUUCCAGGAAUGUCCARGUUCGUAUUACCAUGGCAACAGUACAGUACACCCACACUCAAAGGUUUAUGACCGAGCUGAUGCUCUGUGGAGGUGACUUUGCUGAUUCUGCACGACAAGUAGGCGAAAGCCUGCGACAAGCAGCUAGCAGUGUAGCAAUGGGACUUGUAAGCAAAAAGAAAGCACUUGUAGACGAGAUCGACUACUUAUCCUCGUCCUUCAUUGCACCAAGUCAAGCAAUCGAAACAUUCCGUAUUACUAUUGCAGGCAGCCCAUCAAAGAUGCCCAAAACAGGCAUCCACAUUCUACAUAAAACAGUCCUCCAAGUGUGUCUAGAUAGACGAUCAGACCAGCAAGACAUCCUUAAUACCACAAAACCAACCAUAUGCAUCGAUGCUAGGAUCUUAAGCCCUUUGAAACUAGAAUUGUCGACAUACACUUAUAAACAAUUGUUAGAAACUGUCGAUAAUCUUGUGACUAUAGCUGUGAUUGUGACUGUGGCUGUGUUUGUGACUAUAACUGUGAUUGUAACUGUGGCUGUGUUUGUGACUAUAACUGUGAUUGUGACUGUGGCUGUGUUAGUGACUAUAGCUGUGAUUGUGACUGGCUACGUUUGUGACUAUAACUGUGAUUGUGACUGUGGUUGUGUUUGUGACUAUAACUGUGAUUGUGACUGUGGCUGUUUGAUAUAUUUUCUCUCUAGUUCCUCAGUCUCAAGUUUUGACACUGUCCAAGAUGACAGAUCUAUCCCAAGAAGAGUGACAUUUGCUCCUGAAAUCCCUAUAAUCACAGACAACGAACUGGAUAAAUCAUUUGAUUGCGACCAACCAYUUGACGACGAGAAAACACCCAUCAAAGCAAAUGUAAUGGUUCCACAUUUCAGCAUCAAACUUUGCGGCGAGCUCAAGCAAGUUGAGCAYGAAUUUGUGGACAUCAUGUUCCGKGAUUUUUACAUGAACUUUACAAGCAUGAGUCCAACUGUCACGGAAUUUGAUGUGUACUUGGGAGGUCUUCUUGUUCAGGAUUUAAUGCAAGAACCAGACUCAAARUACUCUUAUUUAAUGUCCUCRUCGCUUCCUUCGRGUUCCCAUGGAAGGAACUUCACAAGGAGUAUUUCCAUGCUCUCGACCUCUUGUCCUACMGUUUCAGAAUGYGGUCUUAGUUCWAAUCUWUCKUCCUCACUUCCGUCRUAUUUCCAAGAGCCRCARGGUAUCCCUGUGCGGGUUUUAUCGCCYUUGAGACCAUURAAAUAUGGUAAAUCGCCAUCUUUGUCUCAAGUUAGCAUGAUAGAGGAAGAUGAUGAUGAUAUCUCGAGUGAAAGUGUAAGAACUCAAGAAGAGGGACARAAACACAAAGAAAACGCUUUAGUUWCUUUGAAAGUUACUCUGGUUUCUAAGGAUGAUGAAGAUUUUGACACAAAACAUAACUCGGUUGAUACACAUAUCAAGAUAGACUUCAACUCAUURGACACGGUUGUAAACCUACAGACCUGGGUUCUAGUCUUGGACUUCUUUGGAAUUGGCGUUCCUCAGAGCAGUCCUCCUCAGCCAAGUAGUCCCGUUAGUACCCAUGCUCCAAGUGGUGUCUUUGAAACUGUCACUCCUAAGAAUAUAGAGGGAUUGGAUCUAUCUUGUCAAGAAAAAGAGCCGACCAGGACACACGUGGAACUUCAAGUCCAUUCCUUAACACUGACCCUCAACAAGUCUCAAUACCCUCUAGCAAAGGCCAAGGUCGCUGGGUUGUUCUGCUACCUUAAGAUGGGCGACGGACACUUGUCAGCCGACGGCAGACUCGUGACUGUUUCACUCACAGAUAUGUCGCCGCAUGGAUCUCUAUACAGGGAAAAGUUCACGUCAUGUGGAGAUGAAGCACUUCGGUUUGAAUAUCUCAAAUAUGACGAGCCUGAUCCAUUAUUGCAAAGAGAAAAUGACAUGAAACUGUCGCUUCGUAUGUCCUCCGURCAGUACGUSCACACRAAGAGGUUYAUWACAGARCUKAUUGCAUUUUGUCAACACUUUCUCCAGCUCCAGGAAGUUCUUGGAAGGAUGAGGGCUUACUCAGCUGGAAAUGAGGUUUCCUGGAUGUUUGGACGCAGUGCUAGGGUGUCCCUGGACAUUGAAGCUGGUAGYCCAGUUAUUGUCAUUCCACGAUCCUCAAAGUCRCCGCACAUGCUAGUAGCUGAUCUCGGCGAUCUUACCAUUACCAAUGCAUUCCUAUGGGAGGAGUCGGUGGGGACAAUUUCGCACUCUCAAGCAAGGACAAGAAGUCUGUCAGAUAUAUCUAAAUCCAAAGAACGCGAGAAGUGUCUUCUGGACUGUAUGAAAGUAGAUCUCAAGGAGAUGGAUCUUUUCACUGCUGUACGUGUKCCAUCCACUGUGCAGCAAGCAACGAGCAAGUUCACCUUCACUCAACAAGGCGUAAAGUUAUUAAAGGAAAAGUGUCGUCUCAAUCUACAAGUGGAGCGUAAUCUUGACUGGUCACUUAGUAAAGCUGUUUCAGACUUCCUCUGUAGUGGUGGGUUGUCUUCCGUGUAUGCCAGCAUCGACUAUUCUCAGUACUGCUUGAUACUUGGAAUGCUGGGAGAAAACUUUGGUGAAGCACUUGAAGCAUUUGAAACUCCGUCAUCGUACCUACAAGACCCUCUUGGGAAGCCACCAGAGUUCGAGGAAGUCUGGACCACACUCAAAAUGAACAUUGAUCUCGUCAAUGUCAGCUUAGAACUUCUACCCGUACAGUUGUUUGAGUUCCCUGAAAACGAAGUCACCCUACCCCUCCCCUCACUGGCAAGAAUUGACUUCAUWAAGUCYAAGUUUGAGUUUGAAACCUUUUCUGAUUGGUCAAAAACCAUUGACUUGGUGUCAACGGAGGUGAUCUUUGAAGAUACGAGAGAUAUGGGAGAUUCAGAGUCAUGCGUGUUCAAGGAUGUUCURCUGCCCAAAUCAUCUGACUCGAGUCACGAUGAGAAUGCGUUACAGUUUGAGGUGCAUUACCGKGACACCAUGAAGAAGACGUUACUGACCUUUCUKUUCAACCACAGUCGYAUCGUUCUUAUCAUUGACUAUAUUCUGGAUACGUAUAACUUUAUUAUGUGCCAAAUGUUUAAARAUGAUGAGCCAAACAAAGUUGACCAAAGCUGUGAUGAUCUCGAUGAUGCMUCAAUGUACAGCCCACCCCUGCCAGCAGAAUCAGGCGUGGUCACCAAAUGUGAACUCAAAAGCUCACCGCAACAGGAACAGAAAACAUUCGAAAUGAAAGUCAACAUCUCUGGAACAGAAUUUGUAUUGCUUGAUAAUCUAAGUACGAGGGACACAAAUGCUGUGGUGCUUAAGCUAACUUCAGUUCUUGCAUGGCGACCUCAUCUCCACACUCAGAAAUGGCUAUCCUGUAGUAUUCAAAGCCUCGAGAUGUUCUCUUGUGUUUUCUCAUGUGAAGAAGAGACUGCACAGUCGAUCAUUGAUCCAACUGCAGCACUGAUUGAACUGAAUAAUGCCAAACGUCAAGUACGACGCAAAACUGCUGGGUUGCUGGACAUAACUAAUGAACAGUUGCCAAGUGUAGAGGUGAACCUUCAUUCUUCACUCAAUAUGCGAAUAUCCUACAACGACUACAAACUCUAYCUUACCAUCUUCGAGUCUGUCACAAAGCAACUUAACAAAGCAAUGAAAUCAGAUAACGCUGUUACRCAACAACCUAUCGAACAUGAUUUUGAUGAAACGGUCGUUCGACGUCUCGUUGAUCUCGGCUUCCAUGAAGAAGACUGCAUCAAAGCACUAAAAGAAACUUCAGGUCGACUUGAGGCAGCAGCAACAUGGCUGCUUGAAAACGCAACACCUGUGCAAAACACACCAAACGACAAGAACACUGGAUGGCAAUUUGCCGGAUUUGAGUUAUUAUUAUUUUCAUUAAUGAUUCCGAUUUGCAGAUGUCAACUUCACUGGCAACAGCAGCACCAGAGCAAAACAUCACCAAAUAGACUACUAGUGAAGCUUGAUGCGCCCGAUCGUCUUGACAUCACCGUCACUAGUAUGCUUAUCAACAUGAUAAAACAAACACUWUCCAGCUGGACUGAAGACUUGUACGGAGCAUCAGAGGCAACUAAAGCAAAUGACGGCAGGUUAAGCAUUGGGAGUGCAGAUGAUAGCAGUGAGAGCCUUGAGAGUCCUGCACGGAGACCAGAGUCGAACCUGUCUACUGGUUCUGGUCCUCACAGGAAAAGAGCGCCAUUUGUGCCUUAUGCUAUCAAGAAUAACACGGGUUGUCCACUUGUAUUCAGGACAGUGUCCACCACCCCCUCCCGGGUCAUCAUCACUAGUUCGGGGCUAAAGCUGACGGCUCAUGAUACUGAUCCUGACAAGAUGUCRGACUGGAGAGAGGUCCCAGCAGGCCAUGAAAUACCGUUUGAAUUUAGCAGUAGAGAGAAAAUGAGACAUAAGGCAAGCGAUGUCCAGCCAGURCGUAUYGUKUUCAACGURACUCUCGAAGGWGGAGCCCGCAAAGUUGUAACAGUCCAGUCAGCGCUCAGUAUCAACAACAAAAUGGAUUUACCUUUGGAAAUCAAACUACAAGGACACACUUCUUACCAAGGGUCCUUCACUCUUCCAGUAAUCCASCCACAGCACACUUUGACAGUUCCACUUCAUGCAGUCACGUGGAAAAUCUACGCCAGACCUCAUGGGGUAGGGGUAGGGUUUAGUUCUGAAGCACUUGAAUGGCAAGGUGUCACCAAAGCUUUUACGACAGCUGGAUAUGCUAAAGAAUGCCAUCCCAUUGGAAAUGGCAGUAAAUUCAGGUUUUGUGUAGCGGUUCAACGCGAAGGCUAUCCAGAUGACGAUCCAAUGACUGAUGUCUUACCGAACAAGAAACUCAAAGUCGCUCCUCAACCAGCUCACUGCAUCUCUAUACUCGCCCCCUUGGUUCUUGUCAAUCUUCUUCCAUGUGAUCUUACGUAUAGCGUCAAAAAGUCAGAUCUCAGAGGGAAUAUUAAAGCUGGAAGAUCAGUGCCUUUAUACUCGGCCGAUCCAGACAAACAUUUCGACUUGGCGUUUGCAAUAGAGAACUUUGAGAGCUGUGAGACAGUCCGUAUUCCUUACAUGAAGCGACACCAUCUGGUGAACCAGGUCAUCGUGCACGUUGAACUCAGAGAUACACGUGGAAGACCACUUUGGUUGAAUCUACUUAUUACCGUAAAACCAGGUGGAGCGCUACGGAUAUCUUUAUACGCGCCAUAUUGGAUGAUAAACAACACAGGAAUYCCAUUAAUAUUCAAGAGRGAAAGCGUCUCGCAAGAAAUCGCUGGYCAGUUCGAUGAACAUGAGAUGGCUCGUAGUCUGACGCCACUUUUGUUUAGUUUUUAUGAUAGAGAUCCGCCUUUGAGGUGUCAAAUGCGCAUAGGGAAAGCUUUUCAUGAAGGCAGUGGCAAACCAGUUUGGUGUUCUCCAUUUUCGCUCGACAAUCCUCGUGAAUUCAACAGGGUGCACGCUCGUCAGGCGGAUGGACGUCCAGAUAACAGGAAUAAUAAGCAUGGCGCUUCUGCGAGCCGGCGAGUAAAGGUUGAUAUUGUGGGCAGCUGCGGUUACCGCGCGAGCAGGCGCAGUCGUGAGCCAGGAACUAGAAAUCCUGAGGGGACCCUGACGGCUUUACCAGGCGCAUUGGUUCUGUUCCACUGGGCGAGAACCGACCUCGAUCAACUGUUGUGCAUCAGGCUGAAUGACGUCUAUCAUUGUCAAUGGUCUGGUGGUUUUAGAAUUGACAGAGAUGACUCUUUUCAUGUUAAUAUGAGGAGUCUUGAUGGUUGUUCGUUGUUUGUGAGGGUCGAGAUUAUGCUYAAAGGUGCAACGUUUCACGUGGUGCUUAGUGAUGCAUCUCAACUACCGCCGCCAUAUCGAAUAGAUAAUCUAUCAGAGGUUCCCGUUAAGUUCUUUCAAAGUGGAACCGAAGACCGAUUACGAACUCUCCUUCAACCUAAACAAUCAGUGCCAUAUUCCUGGGACGAGCCAACACUUCCACCAGAGCUGUCUUUGGGUGUGGUCGAUGGGGCAUCUUAUUCUCAUUACUUYAUGAAUAUCUUGGGUUCGGGAGAAAGACUCUACUAUUACAACCCYGUGUACAUAGUAUUCACGCAUACAUUCUCAAGUUCAAGUGGAUAUGCUUGUGGUCGAUUACACAUAAGGCCGGGUGAGCAAGGACGAGGUCCYUCUCUUGAUAUGAGAGAACUGGUACUAGACGUCCCACAAGGCACUGCUGUCCUUCUGAGAAGAAAAGAACCACUGAAACGCUCUCAACUAUGGCGCAUGACCGGAAGUGGCUUGCUUCGUCAUGAGGGGUCCUCACCGAUAAGCGACCCACGUAAACCCCCCUCUAGUAACGCUGGCCUUGUCUUGGAUAUUGACAGCCUGGCCCCGCCCACUUGUGGAAAAUAUGUUCGACUUGUCCUUAGUAAACCCAACACACGACGGAAACAUUCACAGACAUGGUCUUUUACUGAGGAUGGUCGAAUGAAAUGUGACCUACCAGGAUUAUUCGUGCAAUCGAGGAAUGGCGUCAAUGGACUUCGGGAUGGUGCCGAUGCAGUCCUCGGUCCGGCUAACAUCACAAAAGAGGAAUGCAUCCCCCUGGAACAGUGUAUAACGACUACCAAGAUGAGGCCAGGAUCGGGGUGUGUGGCUGUUAAGGUUAAAGCCGAUGGACCYACAAGAGUUUUACAUAUUAGUGACAGUCUUCACCAGUUCGAAGAUGAGGAAUCCGAGAAAGACUGGUUACUAGUAGACAGAAAAGGAGGCAUGCGUCAACCUGCCGUSUCGAGUCUUGAAGAGGCGCCUUCUACGUCCGAACUAGAAUUACAAGUCCGUYURGCUGGAGGUAUAGGAGUGUCKGUCAUCAAUACUGUUCCUGAGGAAUUGGUCUAUGGAACACUUGAUCAAAUCGAGAUUGACUACUUACGAAGUUCCAAAAUCGAAACCCUUGAAGUCAACAUAGGGCGACUGCAGGUWGAUAAUCAACUAUUUGGUGGCACUUCAAGCCCUUUACCAGUACUGCUGUACCCAACGCCAGUCGAAAAGGGAAGCAAAGAAGACAGUGUCGUUGCACAUCACCCAACUCUACAACUAUCAGCUUGUAAAGAACAUUCCUCCAUGCAAAACAUCGAAAUUUACAAGAACCUCGAUGUUUGUCUACGUAAUAUGACAGUUCACGUGGAAGAACGGCUAUUACUGAAGCUGUUGCAGUUUCUUGGUUACGUCAAGCAAGACGACGAUGUUGCGUCUACGAACGAAGAAGACGACGAAUCGCUCUAUGAUAAUCAAAGGGCUGUGUCAGUGUCCACUUCGUCGUCCAAGAGGUACUAUUUCGAGCGCCUUCAAUUCAAUUCCAUGCAGUUGAAGGUGUCCGUUGCCUCUGCUGGUCGCCUUUCUGAGGACUUGGCACAGUUAAAACAGAGUUUAGGACUUAUUCUGUUUAAUUUGGAGGACGCUUCCCUUGACCUUGAAACAUUCUCUCGUCAUCAUCCUUUCGAGUCAUUCAACUCCCUGAUGGACUCUAUGAGUAAACAUUACUAUGAGGAGCUUCGCAACCAAGCUGCUGCUAUAGUCGGUUCUGUGGAUUUCCUUGGCAACCCAAUGGGUCUCCUUAACGACGUCUCAUCUGGCCUAGAGGGACUGGUGAAGAGAGGAAAUGUUGGCGGUCUGUUUUUGAACGUUGCACAUGGAGUUUCUGAUUCAGCAGCCAAGAUAACCGGCUCUUUGUCCGAUGGUUUAUGGAGUGCCUCGAUGGACAAGAAAUUCCAGGAAUCCCGUGAAGCAAUGCGGCCUGAGAGGUUUGGCAGCAGCCGAGAUCACUUCGUCGCUGGUGUUAGGGGACUGGGCAUGGGACUGAUGGGAGGRCUGACAAGCAUUGUCACACAGCCUAUCGAAGGAGCGCAUAACUCUGGAYUAUCGGGUUUUAUUACUGGUAUUGGCAAAGGCAUUGUGGGUACCGUCGCCAAGCCAACUGCUGGGGUCCUGGACUUUGCAUCAGGCGCGGCCGCUGCAGUUCGUGGCCAAGCCACCCGAAGCUCACGGUAUUUCCCGCCAAAGCAGGUGCGCCUGCGACGCAACUGUUUUGGGCCCAGCGGUGCUAUCCCAAGGUAUUCAAGCACACAUGCAGAAGGACAAGAAAUCAUGUUGAAGCUKAAUGAGAGCAAUUUUAAUGAAAAGUAA